GAAUUGAACUCAUAAAAGCUGAAGGAGCAGACAGCAACACACACUGACAGGAGUUCUGCACCGAGCAAGUGUUAGCUUGUGUUGGGUAGCAGGUGUAGUUUGCUAGCAGCUAGGCUAGCUUUAGACACUGCCAACACAUCAGUCACUAUGGCUUUUGAGAUUUCCCUUGGUGUGGCUUUUCUCCUGUCUGUUUGGUCAGCUGUGAAAUGUGCAGGAAUUCCUGAUGGAGCUCUUCAUAUGGAGUGUCAUGAUCGCUUCUUCAUGAUAGCUGUUGAUCUUUCCUUCACUGGGAAUGAACCGCGCUUUGAGGCUAUGGAUAGGACAGGCGUGUACACCAUCACUGAAGAGUAUGCAGCAAAGUGUGGCUACAGUGUCAGUGUCCUCCCUCUGCAGGGCCACGUGGAGCUCCGGGCUUCUUACUUCAGCUGCCACACUGACAACAAGGAUGAUGAGGUCUUUGCUUUUAACUUUAACCUGAUUGUGAGACAUGAAGAGGAGGCCACCUAUGCUUUGAACAAAACCUGUUCUCCCUCCCUCCCCUGGUCUCCCAGAGAAGUCACCUGUGAGGUUAACUACAUGGAAGUAUCUGUGAGGAAUGAGAUCACCUGUCCAUCUGGGACGAAGAAGGAUGACUGGAAUGCUCUCAAACCUGCACACGGCUCCACCACUUCAGACUGGCAGGUGAUGUUUCAGGUGGAUGAGGAGCAGUUGCCGCCCAUGAACCUCUCUGAAGCUCGUAAGAAGGGAUAUGUGUUUGACUUGACAGAAGGAAGGCUGGUAUUUCGUGCUCCGUAUGGACAACUUGAGUCAUUCAGUACUGAGGUGAAUGGUGUUCCAGUAGAAAUGGUCUAUGCAACUCUGUUCUCCAGACAAAGCUGGGUUGUCCUCAUGGUCGACCUGCUGGCUGCUUGCUCCAUGCAUGAAGGAUCAUAUGACGACAGCGGUUACAUGGUUUGGGAGACUUCGGAUGCAUUGUACCCGAGUCUUGACGGCACAAAACUCAACAUUGGUCUCAAUGGUGAACUUGUGGAGCAGCCAGUUGCAGAGGACCAAGGCUUUAUUGUAGAGAAGCACAACAACACGGUCCACAUCAGCAUCCCCAAUGAUGCUGAAGGAGGAAACAGGAAGAGCUUUGUGACUGGUGACCUCUACAAGUUCUAUAUCUUUCAUCUGUACCUGGAACAAAUGAUGGUGGAUGAGGAUCAUAUGGAAACCAGGCUCCGACUUCACAGGACUUUAGCCACUCCUCUGCUGCCGUCUCCUGUCUUCACUGACGACCUAACGGUUGUUGACGAACACAUGUUCACGGUCUUCCUCGGAGACAUCCCUGAAGAUGUUGAGUUGGUUGCUGUUAAUUUGAAUGGACACAAUUUCACAUUUCCGUUAACAAAUUCAAGCAGCCAGAUGAUCACAAAAGUCCAUUUCAACAACACUGAUGGCUACACUCUGAAGGUGCCCUUUGAUGACCCAGUUGUCAUACAGCAGUUCUCUAAAGAAGAUGCAGUUCUUCAGUACAAGCUGGACAUAAACUACACACUGGCAGUUAUGCCUGAAAAUGAGUCUUUUCACCACCAGGCAUCCAUUGUGGCAUUGGUCACGGAUGUCUCCCCUCCAGCCUUUGACGCUGUCUGUUCCGAGUCUGGCAUCAGCUUCAGACUGGACCACCGGCCUUUUGACUACCUGUGGGAGAUCUGUAUCGGCUCAGAGAUGCUGACACCAGAGCUGGCAGCUCAGCACGGCUACAUCAUGAGAAACGACAGCCAGAGUCUGCUGCUGGAGGUGCCGCUCUUCACUCAUGGCUACGAGUACAAGGACAUUACUUUGAAGGGCUUCUCAGGCACGUUUGAGAUCCUCGUGCGGGAUCCUGAAACAUCAGAGGUCCAGAGCUCAGCUGUCAAGACUUGUCCGUUCCCCACUCCUGAACUCAUUAUGUGUUCGACUGACGGGAGGAUGACUGUGGUGGCUAACUUGUCUCUGACUGUCGCGAGUGGAGGAGUUCCUGCUCGAACCAACCUGGUGGACAAAUACUGUGGACCCAAAGAGUCAGACGACACCAGAGCACUGUUCUCUUUUCCAGUCAACAGCUGUGGAUCCACAGUCAGGCUAUACAAGGGAAAUGUCACUUAUGAAAAUGAGAUUUUCGCCAACAAGUACCGCAGUGUGAGCAAGGACGUUUCUGAAAAUAUUGAGAGGGUGAUAAUCCAGUGCACGUAUCCUCUGGCUGGUCUCCAUCGCCUCUUCUCGGUGUACAGGUUUGAGUCUGAGACACCUGGGAUUGGCAGUAUCAUCCACACAAUGGAGCCUGCAGCAGGUCUGCAGAGCCCUGCCAUUGCACCCACUGCAGCACUUCAAACCAUGCCUCCUACCAAAGCACCAGUUAAACCACCGAUCUCCUACAUGCCUGCCAUCCACCCCCCGGCUCGCUACAUCAAAGUUUCUAGAUUUCAUAAUCUUGCAAGCAGUAUUGGGAAAGGAGCGCAAGGAACCUCGCAAACCAAAGUUAAUGCUGCCCACAUUUGAAGAAAGUAUAAUUUUUAAAUGGAAAAAAUGUUGGAAUUUAAUAAAGCUGUUUUUCUUAA